CCGCCCCAACCUGCCAGCUGGGAUCGGGGGUCCUAGUCUCUAGGCCUUCACUUGUGCUGCCUGAUUAAAAAUAUGACCGAGAAAAAUAAAGUUAGAAAUAUAUUCUUUCCAUACGAUUCAUACUUUUAGCUCAGAUGUGUAAAUGCCAAACUAGCAGGUCCUUGUGACUUGGAGGCUCCCGGCAGCGUGAACAUUUGGGGGCGAUUCAGGCAGUGUUUUGGACGACAGCAACUGCAGAGGUCCCCGGUGUGCCGAGAGAAACGUGGCUUCGCGGGGCCGGAGCGGUCCUAGGAGGAAGUGGGGCUCCCGGCGAAGUUGGCGCGGGGUUUCCAUCCGACCGGCCUCAUCAUGUCGAAGGUUUCCUUCAAGAUCACGCUGACGUCGGACCCGCGGCUGCCGUACAAAGUACUUAGUGUUCCUGAAAGUACACCUUUUACAGCAGUCUUAAAAUUUGCAGCAGAAGAAUUUAAAGUUCCUGCUGCAACAAGUGCAAUUAUUACCAAUGAUGGAAUAGGAAUAAAUCCUGCACAGACUGCUGGAAAUGUUUUCCUCAAACAUGGUUCAGAACUACGAAUUAUUCCUAGAGAUCGUGUUGGAAGUUGUUAAUAUCUACUACUUGGAACAUACAAUUUCCUUUCAGAAUAAAUGUUGAUAUUGAUGUUUUUUGUUGUGAAAUUGAAAUCAGGCAUUGAAUAUAUAAUGAAAACACCAGGAGUCAACGGAAUAAGGAGAA